UAAGCAGAAGACGUUUGACCACGUUAGCGCAAUGAAGAAACUACAGUUUGCAAAAGUCGCACCGCUUGGAGUGAAACCGUCUGAAGAUUAUGAUAAGAAAGGGUUAUCGAUUCAAUCUGAGUGUCCCAAGGAUUUAUUUCUAGCUAAAAAGGGAUACCAACAAACCAAACUCUCGUUUCUUACUACGGUACCACCUACGAUGUCAGACGAAAGUCCGAAGUUCCUGAGGAAAAUAGCAGAUCAUCGUAAAAAUUUCCCGAAUAUAUAUAAAACAUCGAGAAGGACAAGGUCAGAAGAUGUAGAAAAGGAGUUUUGUUCUGGGGAUUUUAAUGCGAGUUGUUUUGAGAAAAAUGAACAAGCCAGCUGUUGUAACAUAGCAGAAAAUGCUACUACCUGUAACGACAGAAUAGAAAAAUUAGUUGUUAAUAACCGAAUUCUUAAAUUUAGACUCAUGUAUUUACGUACAAAGCUUCGUAAACAAUUGCGAAAGAAUCGAGUAUAUCCAGCCUAAAACACGUUUCAAUCAAAUCAAUGUGAAGGUUUAUUUUUAAAAUAAAUUAUGAUUUUAUA